GCGGAUCUGAUAAGAUUGAACGCUACGCUAAGUCAAGCGAGUCAUUCCACUCCCCUCCAUCUGGUCGGAAUUCGGCGGGAGAAUUUUUAAGAGACAAGAACGUUCCCUCACAGCUUGGAGCCAACCCAUCUUGGAGGCCUUUUUUCCGCAAAUGCCUGGAUACCCUCGGCAAAGUUGGCACCCUUGACCAGGCGGGGGUACCACUGCUCGGCCAGGGCGGUAACAGCCUCCUCGACGUUGCCCGUCUCCCACGCCAUGCGGAUGCCCAGCCGGCCCACGAUAACCGCAUCAGGGCUGUUGCUGCAGAUCUCGCCGGCCAGCCUCAGCGCCGCGGCCACGACGUCGUCCGCGGCCCCGUCCACGACCUGGGAGACGAGGCCCCACGCGUGCAAGGUGGCAGCGCCCACGUUCCGCCCCGUCAGGGCCAGCUCCAUGGUGCGCUGCAGGCCGAUGGUGGAGGCCAGGCGAGGCAGGCUGCCCGCCACGGGGACGAUGCCGCGCCUCACCUCGGACAGGGCAAAGGUUGCCGACGAGGCCGCUAUUACGAGAUCGCAAUUCGCCGCCAUCUCGAACCCCCCGCCCAUGCAGAUGCCGUUCACCGCUGCGAUGAUCGGCUUCUUGCCCCCUCGACGGGGCAGGCCCGCCAGCCCGGGUGCCCCCAUGUCGUUGACGACGCCACUCCUGUUCAUUUCGUUCCACUCUGGUUGCACGGGUUCCACGUCAGCAGCACAUUCGCGCCGAGCUUGUCCCAGAGAGGCGGGCGGGCCUCGUCCGAGAGACAGACAGAGAAAAGACUGAGAAAAAUACGCACCGUGUAGAUCGGCCCCCGUGCAGAAGGCUCUUCCCUCGCCCGUGAUCACCCCCACCAACAGGCUCUCAUCCUGGUCGAAUGCCUCCCAGAUCUCCGCUAUCUCCCGGCUCGUCGCUUUGUCGACGCAGUUGAGCUUGUCCGUCCUGGUUAGCGUCACCUGGACGACUUUCUCCUGCGGGAAGGUGACACGGAAGUGCUUGAACUUCAGCGGCCGAGACCGCAGCGGAACGGUCUGGUCUGAGUUUCCUGGCGCAUUGUGUGGGCCGGGCGAAGGCUCUGGCGAGUGGUACUUGUUGUGAGUCUCCCCCAUGGUAGCUUCGUGUCUCGUCCUGUCUCUGGGCUCGGCCCCCCCCUCGGCCCUCGACUCUUGGGCGGGCUACUCCUGUAUUUGUACGGCCUCGGAAUAUCCACGGUCUCAAGCCACGUGCAGGAUUUCAAUCCAGAUUAAUCAUUGACCAAUAGUUGGCCGGCCACUGUUUACUGGCUCUAUCCCGGUUAGCCCAUCCCGCUAUUUGUGAACUUCCCCAUACCAAGGCAUACCAAGGCGCACCAAGCCCUCGGAAUUACGACGAGGUGUCGCGGUAAUGGACUGUUCACAGCGCAGCCAAGCUGGCCAAGGCGGAUCUGAUAAGAACUUACUCGAUUCUUUUCUCCAGGUCCCACAACCUUUAGUAAAAAUCAGCCCGUUGUUUUGAACCACGCUGGGGUCUGGUGUUGGCUCCCGUCUGCCCGUCUCUUUUUGAUAGCCUAGCCUGGAAAGACCCUCUCACAUGUGAAGUCGUCGUCAUAUAGUGCAAAAUAACACUCCCUCGCUGCUCCAAUUGCACCAGAAUUCUCCUAGAAUACAUCAUCAGAGUUGUUCUGCGAACCACUUUACUUUCAAGAUGGACCCUCUCACCAGACCAAAGGGCGAAUACCCCCCUGUGAAGCUUCCCUACCCGUUCCUCACCACUUAUCGGGUUCGAAAGGUCUCCGAAAAGUCACCAAGGCUUAUCCUCACCCUGCAAGACCAACCAGCGAAGGGCAGGGCUCUACCGCAACCAUUACAUUCAGACAGGCUAUCAUGGCUUGAUCUGACAACUCCGGCCGAGAGCGAACGCCCACCGAUCUCAGAUAACAGCCCCUGGGCUCGCGCACGACGAUCCCCCGCCACAAACUUCCAAUGGGAAGGCCCCGCGCCAUCUCUGGCUCAGAUCUGGAAUGUGGUCCACGCCAUCUACCUCUGCCAUCCCGCCAACGAAUACUUCAGGCUCACCCUCGCCGGCGAGGGCGCGAAUACCGUCAAAGAUGAGCUCCUGGCCACCGGGCUGGGUGUUCAUCACCCGAAGCCGCGGCAGCCCUCGAAAGACACAGCCGCGCAGCAAGGAGAUGGAGAGCUGAUGAUCCUGCGGAGUUCGUUCUGGCAAGGCGCAGCCUCGCCGACGGGACCUCGUCCCAUCUGGGUGGUCGGAGAGAACACGGACAAGAACCUGCGAACACCACUGGCGCAAUACCCCGUGAUGCCCGAAAACUUCCAGAUCACGAACCGGUUCCCCGACGAGCCGGUAUACACGCGCCACCCGGUGCGCCGGCCCAAACCCCACCCCGGGUCGAUCGCGUACAGCCGUUACAUCGUGGAAUGCGACAUGCACUUCUCACUCGAGGUGGUCGACUGGCAGAACGACGAGCACCUGAGGCUCUUCAACACGUGGCAGAAUGACCCCCGUGUCGCCAAGGGCUGGAAUGAGACAGGGACGUUAGAGCAGCACCGGGAGUACCUGCGCAAGCUCCACUUUGAUCCUCAUGUCCUGUGCCUGUUCGGCCGGUUCGACGAGACUCGGUUCGCAUACUAUGAGCUCUACUGGGCCAAGGAGGACCACUUUGGUGCCCACUACGACGCAGGUCAUUACGACCGCGGCCGCCACUCCCUAGUAGGCGACGCCUCCUUCCGGGGCGCGCGCCGCGUCAACGCGUGGUACUCAAGCUGCAUUCACUACUGCUUCCUGGACGACCCGCGGACGGCCAACGUCGUCGGCGAGCCAAAGGCCAGCGGGCCCAUCAUCCUGUCUUACGAAAACUCCCAGGGUCUGACCAUCGGCAAGUACGUCGACUUCGGCCACAAGCGCUCCGUGUACUCCACCUGCAGCCGCGAGAAGUGGUUCCAGCUGUGCCCCUUGUUCUGGGACGGCCGCGAGAAGCCGCUCGAGUCGGCGGACCGGGCGGCUUGGAAUGCAAAGCUUUGAUCGGCUCGGCUGCCAGCACUUGGGAUCGACCAUCGUGCUUCUGCAUGGCAUGGGUGGACUGAGGUGGACUCGGGCCAACACGAAGGACACGAGCGAUACGACUUCAAGACGUAUUGUACAUAGGGACUUAAAACAGGAUUAUCGUCCUUUCUCCAUACCCGAUGAAACUGCAUCUCGGCGCUCACGGUUGGCGGCCCAUGCGGCCCAUGCCCUCAGCACCCUCUGUGAUGAUCACAGCUGGCCGUUGGGGACCAACAUUGAGUGCCUGCUUGGCAAAAGCUUGGGGAAAGCUUGGUCGUGCGCCGUGCAUUUGACAGUGGUGAUCAAUUGAUUCCAAGACGAUCCGUCGCUCUCAGCAUUGCGUCCUGUGCAACAUCACCCCACCAUAAGCCCGUCCCCCAAGGUCUCAUGGCGUCGCGUGUCCUUGUUCGCGUACCCGUACGUGUUCCAAGUCUGUAGCGCCGUUAUUGACACCCUACUUGGGUAUGUUCGCCAACACAGCAGCCAUGUGAAAAAUCCCGCAUUCUAUCCUGCCUGGUAUUCCUUCCGCUUAAGAAAAGAAUCUAGCUCCAUGCUAGGAGAUACGAGAGGAGACGCCUGAAGAUCCGAGGCAUCUCAACUGAUCACGAGGGGCGGACCAUCCAUGCCCAGGUGUCCCCCUGCCGAAAUCCAAUGUGGCGGGCAUCGUACUCGCAGGCAGGCAGGGUGUGAUGGAAUCCUCCAGGGCUGUUGGUCACACCCGUGGAAUCAAUGACAAAAAAACAGUUGGGCCGGGUCGCCACUUUCCUGCUAGCGGUUCCAC